AUGCGGCAUUCCCAUUUCCAGCCAGGCCACAAACCUCCGAUCCAUCCAGACUUCCAUCUGAAAGAAUCACAUGUAACAGGCCCCGUGUCCUUUCUCAACCCGACAUCGGCACAUUACGAACCGACCCAGUACCGGGCAGCCCAUGAGCCAAAUGGAGAACCCCGAGGACAGAUUCCUGCCACCCCGCAAAUUAAUCGUCUUUGGCGAUCGCGCGACAACAGAAAAGGCCGACAUGCCCUUCGAGUUGAUCCUGCGGUCUCACCCCGUGAAACAGGGGUCACGGCGCCACCACUUACACGAUCCGGCCCAGCCGUAGCCAAGGGCAUUCUCCGGAUGUUCAGCUACGCACCUUAUUGGGAUGUAUCCUACCUAGUAGCGACGACGUUCACUCUUGGGUCCGCGAUUUGGAUCAUCAAUGCAUUUUUCGUGUGGUUACCGCUUGCAAGUCCGAAGACCGAGUUCCACGGCGAAUCACCAAUCGGAGGUGGUGUUACGGCCUUUGUCGGUGCAACUAUUUUCGAAAUCGGGAGUGUGUUCUUGUUUCUCGAGGCUGUGAAUGCAAAUCAAACUGGCUGUUUUGGCUGGGCGCUUGAGACUGUCCUUUCGAAAGCUGAGGACGAAGGGUGGCGCCAAGAUGCGAAGAAGGAGCUAAGACCGAGUAUGUCGAAGUGUGAGCAUCAUCAUGCGAAUCGGGAGCAUCUGCUACGGGGGAGGCUUUCUCAUGUCACUGAUGGUGCCGAGCAUCCGGGUCAUGAAACUGGCGGGUAUAUCACUUCGUCGCCAGAUGGCAGAUCCUUCCGAUGGGUUCCAUCGUGGUCGGAAUUGCGGACGCAUUAUCUUCGUGAAUUGGGCUUUUUAGCUUCUUUCAUUCAGUUACUCAGUGCGACGGUCUUCUGGAUUGCUGGGUUGACUGGUCUCCCCGGUAUCUUUGAUCAUAUGAGUCAUGGCCUUGUUGAUGGUGUCUACUGGGCGCCUCAGAUCGUUGGUGGAACGGGGUUCAUGCUGAGUGGGCUGCUGUUUACUCUUGAGACGCAGACAAAGUGGUAUAUUCCUUCUUGGCAUGUCCUGGGAUGGCAUGUCGGCGCCUGGAAUUUUAUUGGCGGGAUAGGGUUUACUCUUUGUGGUGCAUUAGGGCCAGCGAGUGCUCACUCUGGCGUUGAGUAUCAAGCAACUCUUGCCACUUUUUGGGGCUCGUGGGCUUUCAUGAUAGGGUCUACGAUCCAGUGGUAUGAGAGUUUACAGAAACAUCCUGUUGAGAAGAAGUGCUACUAG